AUGACCGACAAAUUUAUUCACAAUUUAGCCUGGCUUUAUGGCCCUGAGUGGUUGGUUCGGGACGAAGAUACCUGGCCCAAUAUGUCAUUGCCUACCAUAGAGAUUCCGGAAAAACGGAGUAAUGUUUCCUUGUUUAGUAAAUUAGUACUAGAAAGGGAAGACAUAUUCUUUAGAAUUUCAUCUUUUUCCAAAUUACAGAGAGUUGUGGCUUAUUGCUUGAGGUUUAAAGAGUUAGAAUUAAACAAGGGUAAUCAUAAGGGUAGUCUCUCCGUAAUAGAAUUACGCAUAGCGCUCGAGAGGAUUAUAAAACGAACGCAAGCUCAGACUUUCCAUUCGGAAUUCGAACAGUUGAAAGCAAAAGGGCCCCUCGAUAAACGUAACAAAUUAAUUAAUUUAAACCCUUUCCUCGAUGAUAAGGGUAUAAUUCGUGUAGGUGGUCGGUUGAGAAACGCCGACAUCAAGUAUGCGCAAAGGUAUCCCAUAAUACUACCCAAAUCGCAUCCAGUCACCACACUGAUAAUUCAGUUCGAACACCAACAAACCUUGCUUUCUGGCAUACAAGGGGCAUUAAAUGCAGUCAGACAGCGGUACUGGCCAGUUGAUGGCAAAAAUAUGACACGCCACAUAAUUCGCAAAUGUUUGCGAUGCUUCAAGGCUAAACCGACAGGUCCGCCUGACUACCUGAUGGGCAACCUUCCCCGCGAUCGGCUCGUAGCGACUCGACCGUUUGAGAACACCGGCGUAGACUAUUGCGGUCCAUUGUUUGUGAAAGAGAAACGUUUUCGCAACCAAAAACGCCUCAAGGUGUAUGUAGCAGUGUUUAUGUGUUUUGUGACAAAGGCGGUACAUUUAGAAUUAGUUAGUGAUUUGACCACAGAAGCCUUCCUGGCGGCAUUAAAUAGAUUCUUUUCAAGACGAGGCAGAUCUAAAAAUAUCUACUCCGACAAUGCUACAAAUUUUAUUGGUGCAAAAAAUGAGAUCGCAGAGCUAUUGACGUUAGUCAGAUCAAGGGAUCACAAUGAUCAAGUUGCGCGACAUCUAACUAACGUAGGAAUAGUAUGGCACUGUUCACCACCCAGGUCACCCCAUUUUGGUGGUUUAUGGGAAGCUGCUGUGAAGAGUUUCAAGCACCAUCUAAUAAGAACCGUUGGAGACACUUUGUUGACGUAUGAACAACUAAACACGUACGUAGUUCAAAUUGAAGCCAUCCUCAAUUCUCGUCCCCUAACACCCCUUUCAUCCGAUCCAAACGAUUUGCAGUCGUUAACACCUGCUCACUUCCUAAUCGGCGAGUCAUUGACUAGUCUGCCUGAACAUGAUUUCACGACUAUUGCGACGAAUAAUAUCAUCUUUGUGGCAACACAUACAGCGUAUUAA